CCUUCUCAUGUGGCUGAUGCAAACCUGGAGAAUUUGCAUCAUCAUUUAGCUGUAGUAAGUUGGUGUGACAGGCAGGCGCUUAAAUACAAGCCCACGAGGAAGCUGAGCUGGUUUGUAAUGAUAGGGCGGCAGCAGCAGCAGCAGCAGCAGUGGUGGAACAAGGAGGUGGAGAAUUGAGAGCACGAUGCAUACACAGGUGUUUCUGAGUAGUAAUUAGAUCGCUGUGAAGGAAAAAGCACACCUUUGAGUUUUCACCUGUGAACACGAUAGCGCUGAGAGACAGUCUGAAAGCAAAGAGGAAGACAUCGAUCAGUAACACCAAGAGACACCAAAGUUGAAAGUUUUGUUUUCUUUCCCUCAGUUUUAUUUUUCCCCCGUGUGUCCCUACUAUGGUCAGAAAGCCUGUUGUGUCCACCAUCUCCAAAGGAGGUUACCUGCAGGGAAAUGUUAACGGGAGGCUGCCUUCUCUGGGCAACAAGGAGCCACCUGGGCAGGAGAAAGUGCAGCUGAAGAGGAAAGUCACUUUACUGAGGGGAGUCUCCAUUAUCAUUGGCACCAUCAUUGGAGCAGGAAUCUUCAUCUCUCCUAAGGGCGUGCUCCAGAACACAGGCAGCGUGGGCAUGUCUCUGACCAUCUGGACGGUGUGUGGGGUCCUGUCACUGUUUGGAGCCUUGUCUUAUGCUGAAUUGGGAACAAGUAUAAAGAAAUCUGGAGGUCAUUACACAUAUAUUUUGGAAGUCUUUGGUCCAUUACCAGCUUUUGUACGAGUCUGGGUGGAACUCCUCGUAAUACGCCCUGCAGCUACUGCUGUGAUAUCCCUGGCAUUUGGACGCUACAUUCUGGAACCAUUUUUUAUUCAAUGUGAAAUCCCUGAACUUGCAAUCAAGCUCAUUACAGCUGUGGGCAUAACUGUAGUGAUGGUCCUAAAUAGCAUGAGUGUCAGCUGGAGCGCCCGGAUCCAGAUUUUCCUAACCUUUUGCAAGCUCACAGCAAUUCUGAUAAUUAUAGUCCCUGGAGUUAUGCAGCUAAUUAAAGGUCAAACACAGAACUUUAAAGACGCCUUUUCAGGAAGAGAUUCAAGUAUUACGCGGUUGCCGCUGGCUUUUUAUUAUGGAAUGUAUGCAUAUGCUGGCUGGUUUUACCUCAACUUUGUUACUGAAGAAGUAGAAAACCCUGAAAAAACCAUUCCCCUUGCAAUAUGUAUAUCCAUGGCCAUUGUCACCAUUGGCUAUGUGCUGACAAAUGUGGCCUACUUUACGACCAUUAAUGCUGAGGAGCUGUUGCUUUCAAAUGCAGUGGCAGUGACCUUUUCUGAGCGGCUACUGGGAAAUUUCUCAUUAGCAGUUCCGAUCUUUGUUGCCCUCUCCUGCUUUGGCUCCAUGAAUGGUGGUGUGUUUGCUGUCUCCAGGUUAUUCUAUGUUGCGUCUCGAGAGGGUCACCUUCCAGAAAUCCUCUCCAUGAUUCAUGUCCGCAAGCACACUCCUCUGCCAGCUGUUAUUGUUUUGCACCCUUUGACAAUGAUAAUGCUCUUCUCUGGAGACCUCGACAGUCUUUUGAAUUUCCUCAGUUUUGCCAGGUGGCUUUUUAUUGGGCUGGCAGUUGCUGGGCUGAUUUAUCUUCGAUACAAAUGCCCAGAUAUGCAUCGUCCUUUCAAGGUGCCACUGUUCAUCCCAGCUUUGUUUUCCUUCACAUGCCUCUUCAUGGUUGCCCUUUCCCUCUAUUCGGACCCAUUUAGUACAGGAAUUGGCUUCGUCAUCACUCUGACUGGAGUCCCUGCAUAUUAUCUCUUUAUUAUAUGGGACAAGAAACCCAGGUGGUUUAGAAUAAUGUCAGAGAGAAUAACCAGAACAUUACAAAUAAUACUGGAAGUUGUACCAGAAGAAGAUAAGUUAUGAACUAAUGGACUUGAGAUCUUGGCAAUCUGCCCAAGGGGAGACACAAAAUAGGGAGUUUUACUUCAUUUUCUGAAAGUCCAGAGAAUUACAACUUUGGUGAUAAACAAAAGGAGUCAGUUAUUUUUAUUCAUAUAUUUUAGCAUAUUCAAACUAAUUUCUAAGAAAUUUAGUUAUAACUCUCUGUAGUUUAUAGCAAGUGAAUAUGCAGUUAUUCUAUGAGUCACACAAUUCGUGAGUCUCUGAUACCUACCUAUUGGGGUUAGGAGAAAAGACUAGACAAUAACUAUGUGGUCAUUCUUUACCACAUAUGUUAGCCCGUCAAAGAACCUUCAAACUGAAGACUGAGAUUUUUCUGUAUAUAUGGGUUUUGUAAAGAUGAUGGUUUUACACACUAUAGAUGACUAUACUGUGAAAAGUGUUUUCAGUUCUGAAAAAAAAAGCAUACAUCAUGAUUAUGGCCGAGAGGAGGGAAAGAAAUUUAUUUUACAUUGACAUUGCAUUGCUUCCCCUUAGAUACCAAUUUAGAUAACACUCAUGCUUUAAUGGAUUAUACCCAGAGCAUUUUGAACAAAGGUCAGUGGGGAUUGUUGAAUACAUUAAAGAAGAGUUUCUAGGGGCUACUGUUUAUGGGACACAUCCAGGAGUUAUGUUUGUUUGAGUAAAAAUCCUUGAGAAUU